CUGGAGAUGGGAAAAAGCGCAGCAGCUCUGUCUCUGAUGUUCUCCGCACAAUGCCGCUGGAUAGUUCGCAGAAGUGAAGGGAAAGUAAAACAGAUGUUUAACGCGUAGUUUCGUUUCCCCACAUCUCUCUCUCUCUCUCCCGCAACAGUGCGUUGCCAGAGGGCAGGCGGGCUGAGUGCCGCUGUCCCUGUGCACUGAGCCACUCGCACUGACUGUAAAAAAAAAAAAAAACACUGAUCUUACGCGCUGCGCGUCUGCUGAAUCCAGAGGAACCGACACACGGUCACUGGCAAACAUGAACAGUCUCCCAGGGUACUCAGGGGCCAGGAUAUCUGGCUGUUGGGCUCUCCGGUCAGAUGGCAGUGGAGGCAGCGAGGGCUCUUUGGACAGGCUCCUGCCCACUGUCAGUACGGGCCUUUCACCACGAAAGAGGACCACCAGCCAGUGCAAGUCCGAGCCACCGCUGCUGCGCACCAGCAAGAGGACCAUCUACACGGCCGGCAGGCCCCCGUGGUACAACGAACAUGGCACACAGUCCAAGGAGGCCUUCGUCAUCGGGCUGUGUGGCGGCAGUGCCUCGGGGAAGACCACAGUAGCCAGGAAAAUCAUUGAGGCGCUGGAUGUCCCCUGGGUGGUUCUGCUCUCCAUGGACUCCUUUUACAAGGUUCUCUCUCCAGAGCAGCAGAUCCUGGCUGCCAGCAAUGACUACAAUUUUGACCACCCGGAUGCCUUUGAUUUCACCCUACUGGUACAUAUCCUGCGGAAACUGAAACAGGGCAAGAGUGUUAAGAUCCCUGUCUAUGACUUCACCACCCAUGGCAGACAGAAGGAGUGGAAAACUGUAUAUGGAGCCAGUGUCAUUAUUUUUGAAGGAAUUAUGUCUUUUGCAGAUAAGGAAUUGUUGAAGCUGCUCGAUAUGAAGAUCUUCGUGGACACGGACUCCGACAUCCGCCUGGUGCGUCGUCUGCGCAGGGACAUCACGGAACGUGGCCGGGACAUCGAGGGCGUCAUCAAGCAGUACAACAAGUUCGUGAAGCCCGCCUUCGAGCAGUACAUCGAGCCCACCAUGCGCCUGGCGGACAUCGUGGUUCCCCGCGGAGGAGGGAACAUGGUCGCCAUCGACCUGAUCGUGCAGCACGUCCACAGCCAGCUGGAGGAGAGGAAGCUGCGCUGGGAUAUGGCGGCUUUGGCCUCAGCCCACCAGGCCCAGCCCCUGCCCCAAACUCUCAGCGUGCUGGAGAGCACCCCUCAGGUCAGGGGCAUGCACACCAUCAUCAGGAACAAAGAGACCAGCCGAGACGAGUUCAUCUUCUACUCGAAGAGGCUGAUGCGCCUGCUGAUCGAGCGCGCGCUGUCCUUCCUGCCCUCCCAGACCCACACUGUUCAGACCCCACAGGGCCAGGAUUAUGAGGGGAGGACCUUCCAUGGGAAGAGGAUCACUGGUGUGUCCAUCUUGCGUGCUGGCGAGACCAUGGAGCCAGCCCUGAGGGCUGUGUGUAAAGACGUCAGGAUUGGCAAGAUCCUCAUUCAGACUAACCAGGACACGGGGGAACCAGAGCUGCACUACCUCCGAUUGCCCAAAGACAUCAGCGAAGACCAUGUGAUCCUGAUGGACUGCACCGUGUCCACUGGCGCUGCCGCCAUGAUGGCUGUCCGGGUCCUUCUGGACCAUGAUGUGCAGGAGGACAAGAUCUUGCUGGUGUCUCUUCUGAUGGCUGAGAUGGGGGUGCACUCGGUGGCCUACGCUUUCCCCCAGGUCAAAAUCAUCACCACCGCUGUCGACAAGAAGGUCAAUGACCUCUUCCACAUCAUCCCCGGGAUAGGAAAUUUCGGGGACCGCUACUUUGGCACAGACGCCCCCCCAGACUGGAGUGAUGAAGAGAUGGAUGAGCCCAGUUACUGACAGGACACAUGAUGAGCAGAGAAUGCUGGGAGGAGCCAGGUGCAGCCCUCCCCUCGGGCAGCUAUGGUCACUCUUGGCAGGACAAGGGAGGAAAUCAUCAGUGACCAUGGCUUCCUUCUUACACUGAUGGUGUAAAUGUUUUUUUAAGAAAAGGACUAUAAAUAUGUACAAUUAACAUAUUUUUAUAUUUUAUUUUUGGUUUCAUAGUUGCAUUUAUGAUUGUUGCAAUGGGCUAUAAUGUAAGGCUGCAUAUUUUUUUAUAAGAUAUUUUGUUUGUUGAAAUGUUCUUAACUCAAGAUACUCUCUCUCUGGGCAAUUAACUGCCCUGCAGAUAUGAAGAGAUCCCCAUUUGGAGUCACCAGCCCUCUCUUGAGAGCUUGAGUACGUUUUGUAUUAGCAGAUGCUGAAGACGACACAACUGAAUGUUACACUUACAAUUUUAAUGCAUUGAAGCACAUUUACUUUGUGUUUUUGUAUCACAGACGCAGUUCAGUUUUGUUUUUUUUCACAAUGAUUUGCCUGAAAGAAAACAAGCACAAAAAAUAACCCAGCCAUUCUGUUUGGUUUCUUUGCACAUAGAAAGUGCAUUCUUUCAAGGACCACCUCACUGGAAAAUGUGUGGGUGUAAGAUUUUAACUCUUUGGUUUCACUACCUUUGAUAGACCCUGCUGACCAAGCCUCAAACAUGCAAAAUCAUCAGCGAUAAAGUAGCCUCUUUUUCCAGUGAGCCUGAGCAAUGCCGUGCAGUUAAGUCGAUUUUAUAUUUCUAUCGCUUUGUCCAAUUUUACAUCUAAUUUAUUUAUAUCAGCAUUUGUAACAAGGUGAAAACAUUCACCAUGCCUUUCUGCAGCCAAAAUGUUUUUUUUAAAUACAUGAAUUGUAAAUAAAGGUAAACACACAAGGGUGAUAUCUGAACAUGCUGCAUUCUACACACCAUUCCAGUGCUUACUGUUCUGUAGCUAUGACAGAUGGCAUCAGAAUCCUUCACAUCAUGGUAUCCCGAUGUUUAGUAUUUAUUUUAUUUGUAUGUGUUAUGAUGUCGAGUGCUGCAGGGAUGUAAGCUUGCUACCUCAAAGCAACCGUACUGUCUGUCACACCCCGUGCUUCACACAGGCAAUUUUGCUCCACAGUUGAGUGCGUGUGUAAUAAUCCGUUAAAUCGUUAAGUUGCAUUGCAUUUAAUUUAUCACACGGUUGUAUCUGAAUACCAUUCUAGAUUUUUUUUUUCAAUAAUACAGAUAGUUCAUACAUGUGUCAUUUUAAAAGUUCUCUUACUGUCACAUUUUGACCUUAUAAAUAAGAUGAAGUGCAUGGAGAAACCUGUCAUACUCCAUUUAGGUACCAUUAGGCAUUUAAUUUGUUGUUUUUUUCUUCACAAAGAAAACUGACCUGACUCCACUGUAGCUCGACACCUAUUCUUUAACCUUAUAAGGUGUGCGUGCCUGUGUCUCUGAAAAUUGGGCGUUACAUGGUGUGGCACCAUUUUAAAACAUAGAUAUCAAGAGCAGUGUCCAAUUUCUUAUGUUGCUUUACCAUCCAAAUCACCUCAUUAUACUCUUUUUUACUACAUUAGUCACCAUAUUAUGCUGUUAUUUAUCUGUGCAGAAAGUAUUUGUUUUUUUUUUGGCAUGUACAUUUUUGUCCUUGUCAUCAUAUAAUCUGCAGGUAUGUAACAACUCGUUAAAAACAAUAGCUCUGUUUUGUUUAAAAAAUUGGGGGCAUUCCUGAAUAACUGAA